UUCGCCAGCCUUACGCCGCAGCUUUACACUAAUUCGUCUUUUAUUUCUGCCGAUCUUUUUCUUCUCAUUUCGCCCUGCACGGCAGAUAAAGGAAAAAGAAAAACCUAACGGCACUGAUAGCGAAACUCGCGAAGUCCUCGUCCCUCGCCUCGUCCGUCAUCCCAUGGCCCGCUUUUCGCUCCGCAUCCCGGGCAGCCGUCACACCAGGUGGCGGGUGGGAUCCCUUCGCCGGCUGAUUUCGGAGGAGUGACGGUCGGGGGUUGCCCCAGGCAACGCGGGUCCAGGACGGCUCGCGGCUGGUGAUCCUCACGCUGGUGGGCGUGGCCUGUGUUGGCGGGAUCCUGGCGGCCUCGCUGACGGUCGCCUGCCUGCGACACCAUGCCCGUCAGCUGGCCUCCAGAAAGCUUGGCCUGGGGCCAGAGGGGGGCCAUGAGACGCACUUUGAGUAUCAGGAAUUAUGCCGCCAGCACAUGGCCACCAAGUCGUCAUCGCGGCAGGACGCAGGUGGUGGGGGGGGCGGCGGUACGGACACGUCGCGCGUCAGCAGCGUGUCCUCGCAGUUCAGCGACGCACCGCAGCCCAGCCCCAGCUCGCACAGCAGCACCCCCUCCUGGUGUGAGGAGCCGGCGCAGUCCAACAUGGACAUCUCUACCGGUCACAUGAUACUGGCCUACAUGGAGGACCAUCUGAAGAACAGGGACAGGCUGCUGAGAGAGUGGGAGGGUCUGUGCGCCUACCAGGCCGAGCCCAGCUCCGUGUCCAUCGCCCGGGGUGACAGUAACCACAAAAAGAACCGUAACCCUGAGUUUGUGCCCUACGACCACUCCAGGGUGAAGCUGAAGGCUGAGAUCAAUCCCUCGCGGGCCGACUACAUCAAUGCCAGCACCAUCAUCGAGCAUGACCCCCGAAUGGCAGCCUACAUCGCCACCCAGGGGCCCCUGCCGCACACCAUCUCGGACUUCUGGCAGAUGGUGUGGGAGAGCGGUUGUACGGUCAUCGUCAUGAUGACAGCGCUGGUUGAGGAUGGAGAGAAGCAGUGUGAUCGCUACUGGCCUGACGAGGGCUCGUCUCUCUACCACAUCUACGAGGUCAACCUGGUCUCAGAGCACAUCUGGUGUAACGACUUCCUGGUGCGCAGCUUCUACCUGAAGAAUGUGCAGACGCAGGAGACACGCACGCUGACCCAGUUCCACUUCCUCAGCUGGCCCGCCCAGGGCAUCCCCAACUCCACGCGCCCCCUGCUGGACUUCCGCAGGAAGGUAAACAAGUGUUACAGAGGCCGAUCCUGCCCAAUCAUCGUGCACUGCAGUGAUGGCACAGGUAGGACAGGCACCUACAUCCUGAUCGACAUGGUUCUCAAUCGCAUGGCCAAAGGCGUGAAGGAGAUUGACAUCGCCGCCACCCUGGAGCACAUCCGUGACCAGAGGCCUGAGAUGGUCCACACCAAGGACCAGUUUGAGUUUGCCCUGACGGCUGUGGCAGAGGAGGUCAACGCCAUCCUGAAAGCACUGCCCCAGUAAUCCAUUACCCCCCCCAGUCACUCUCCUGUGGCCCCCUUCCUGUACAUUCAAACACACGCUGCCCCCCCCCCCCCUCCGCCCCCCCAGGAAUCCAUGUGAGGGAAACAUUUACACCCAGUAUAGACGCCCAUUUAAAAAAAGACAAAGUGACUCCUCUCGGCCUUCGCCCCCCUCCCCUUUUUAGUGACGUACUGAAUGCCUUACCAAAAACCCUGACCCCCACCUACAUGACAGCAGGCAGGUGCAAACAGACAGGCAGGGCCCAGGUCUCUCAGCGUCACCUUUUCUGGGUCACGUGACGCACAGAAGAUCGAGUCUAAACAGACCCACCUUCUACCGUACGGUACAGUAACGCUGCAAAUCUCUCAAAAACAAACUGAAAAUUCCGUUUCUGUGAAGUGCUCAACCCAAUGAGGUUAUAUGUCCGAACACAUAACAGAGAAAAAUAAAUUAAUUCAGAAUCGCACUGCAAAGACAUAACAGCAGCUGAUGUUACACUGCAUUAAACGUCAGAGCUGGUAGAUGUAGGACUUAUACAACCUUUCCCCGGUUACCAUGGCGCUACCUUCCGAUAAACCUUCCGAUACACCUUCCGAUAAACCUAUCGUAAGGCGAAGAUAUCGUAAGGUGAAAAUGCAUUUUAAUACAGAACACCUAACCUAACAAACAUCAUAACCUAGCUUAGCCUACCUUAAACAUGCUUAGAACACUUACGUUAGCCUGUAGUUGGGAAAAAUCAUCAUCAAAAAGCCUAUUUUAGAAUAAAAUGUUGACUAUCUCAUGAAAUGUAUUGAAUAAUGUACUGAAAGUGAAAAACUUUUACCCAUCGUAACAUGGACCAUCUGAACCUGGGGAGAGUCCAGGAUUUAAAAAAAGAUACACAUUUAUAAAAUACUAAUUUCUAUAUUACUGAACAAUAUAAGGGUUAAAGUGUUAGAAUAGUUAGGACUGGAUUUAUGAUUUACAUGGAUAUACAUGGAUACUAAAGAUGGUCUUAAUAUUGAAGGAUUAAAGGCAGGACACAAGGAGGAUUUUUUUGUGGCCCAGCUAAACACUCUGAACUGUCGAUAUUUGGUCCGUUUGCUGUUCUCGAGGCCUGGCUGUCACCUAGAGGCUCCUGAUUGGAGGUUUGGGUUUGGGAGGUUACCAUGGAGAUGUUCCUGUGCUCCUCUGUUCCACAGUUAAAGCAGUUUAAAGAAACCCCUCUCCACUUACCCUCUGCCUUCAUCUGGUUUCAGCUUCCUCAGCUAAAUCUACCCUGACCUCGCUAAAGCUUCUCCCUGUAUCACUGUAUUUUAUGUAGCAAAUAAACAGAAAAUAAGAAAAAAAAGAAAAUAUGCUAUUUUGUAACUUCCUGUGAUUAAUAAAGUUUGUGAUGUAGUGCAAUGCAGA